AUGACCCUGAAGGGAUCUGUGAUCGAGGCUGCAGUACCUUAUUGCCCCGCAACCGUCCGUGGUCAUGGUCUAUUGAUUGGAGUGACUGCACACUCGGGUCUGGUUAAUACCUGCAUCCCAGCGCUAGUAGCUAAGAUAACUGGCGUGGAUGUGUUGAUUCAUCAGCCCAUUUACUGCCCACUGCUGAGAAAAGACUUCUUCUUGCAUAACCUAUGCAUGAGCAUAUUAAUCACCACGAUCCCCAAGGUGAACUGGCGAUUUCAAACGUAUGAUUUUGGCGUGUCUUGUCCAGUACCCUGGAAGUAUAAGGAUAAAUUCCCCAACGGAACAAAUUUGUGUGAUCUACUGAUUAAUGUUCCGGAUCUUAGUGUGAGAGCGAUAAAUGAGCUGACGGAUUACCUGAUGAUCAAAAUGCUGCUUCUACUAUUCCUGACAAUAAUUGGGACAGUUUACACUGAAAACUGUUCAUAUAUAUACAAUGGAAUGCCAUACGAUAGAACAGCAGUUCUAACAAUAAAAGGAUUACCAACCAACUUGGUGAUUAAUCCAGUUAACGAUGAUCUUCACUUCACACUAAUUGAUUUAGAUAGUCUACAGAAUGAUAAGGUUCAAACUAAAAUGGAUCAGUACGUAUUUAGUAAAGGACAGCCAAUCAAAAUUGAUAAUGUAAAUGGGCAAGCAGCUGCAGUAGAUAUGAAGAACAAAAAGACUUAUAUAGCAAGUGACGAUGGACUUUAUUAUUUAGAUGAAAGUAAUAAAGCUCAAUUUUUAAGUCUCAAAGAUGAUGACAUAGUUCAACUCUUCAAACCACCAAGCGAUGAUAAACUGUACGCAGUUUUCUUCCCAGAAAAUGAACUAUUCGUAAUUGAUGUUAAAAAGAAUGAGAAAAAGAAAGUUGAUAAUGUGCCUUGCGCAUUUAUUCUAGCAGUUGAUGCUCAAGAGAAUAUUUAUUACGAAUGUGAUUCUAAAUAUGUUAAGGUUAUUCUAAAAGGUUUCCAAGAACCUAUUGAGUUUGUUGGAAUAGCUAAAAAUUCUGCUAGGGCAAUCGCAGUGGAUUCUUACAACAGAGUCGUAUUGGCUACUAACGAUGGUCUUUAUUGGAUCAGACCUGACAAUAUUAUCCCUAACAAAUUCAUGGACCUAGACUUUGUGCCUUCUGGUUUGGCGUUUGAUUACGAAGAUAUCUACGUGGCUGCCAGUGGAGUUAUCUACAAGUACAGCGCUAAUGGUUAUACUAUAAACGGUUGUCAUGAACCUGCGUUCACAAUGAGGAGCCUGACGAUUAUCCUGUCCGUUUUUACCAUUUUCAUUGCUGGAUAUAACACAGAAAAAUGCGAACGAAUCAAAAUCGGAAACGAAUUCUACAAGCGACAACUAAUUGCUACGAUAGACGGCUACCCAACAGGAAUGGUGAUAGAUCCAAGGACGGACCACAUUUUCUUCAUCCUUCAUAAAAGAAAUUACACCAAGGGAAUACACCUUCUAAAACAUGGAUCCUUAGGUAUCAAAGAACUCCCAGUUUCUGAUGAAUUACUUGGCCAAUGUGUGGCUAUAGAUACUGCCAACAAUGUGAUCUAUAUUGGUACCAAUCAAGGCCUAGUCACUUAUGAUUAUUCAAGAACAGAAAUUACUGCUGAAAGGCCGAUUGGAGACGAUGAUGUGCGAAGCAUUUUUAUAGAUAAGACGGAUAACCAAAUGUAUAUAGCAACAGGAUCAAAUCACGAAAUUUUCCGUUUCAUGAACGGCUCAGCUGCUGUGAAACGAUAUGACAAAAUUCCAAAAGCCUACAGCUUCAUUCUGGAUAGCAAAGGCAAUGCUUUCUACGAAUAUAUUGAUGGUCCGAUACGAGCCCAGGGAUGGAUACAUAAUGGUAAACCACCAGCGAAGGCCAUUGACACCCGUAACACCAGAGGAGUAACGACUGCGUUGCUGGCUUUCCGGGUAAAAGGGGAUUUCGGGGAUUUAAGGAUACUAGAGUGA